AUGAAGUUCCAGAUCUUCGCCUCGGCGGCUAUCUGCUUUCCGCUUUUGGCUUUCGCUUGUCUCCUUGAGGAAGAGCUAGAGGGCUUGCCCAUGAAGGUGAUCCGUCGCCAGACCGGCAACACUAGCAUCGAAAUCGGAGCCGGAGACCGCUACAAAAAUGGAAAGAUCGCACCGCGAGGCGUCGGGUCAUCCACUGAAGCGCUGACGAGCAUCUUGAACGUCAAUGAGAUCGCGAGUGGUCUGCGCGGUCUCUCAAGCGUGUACGGCGUCCCGCUGUUCACGACGCCGUACAAGACCUUCAACGGUGCUUCGAUCACUGGAGUCCUGCUUGGAGGUGGUGAUGCAAAGUGUAACGGUGCCUACCGGAUUUACCUCAACGGCGGCCUUCACGCCCGCGAGCGCGGUAGUCCCGACGGCAUCCUCCUCUUCGCGGGGGACCUCCUCUAUGCGGACAGACACAACCAGGGCCUGACCUACGGCUCCAAGAGUUACACGGCUGAGCAGGUCAAGACCGUCCUGGCGGCCGGCAUCGUGAUCCUGCCUCUCAUCAAUCCGGACGGCGUCGCCUGGGACCACUCGACCAACAGCUGCUGGCGCAAGAACCGCAACACCCGCUCCUCGACGGGCACGGAUGCCUCGGUCGGUGUGGACUUGAACCGCAACUUCGACUUUCUGCAUGAUUACCGGACGGCUUUCGCACCGAACCUCCCACGGUCAGUCGCUUCCGAUGAUCCUUCUGCGGAGAAUUUUCACGGACCCAGCGCCUUCUCCGAGGCCGAGACUCUCAGCAUGAAAUGGGUAAUGGACACCUUCAGCCGUAUCCGAUGGUUCCUCGAUCUCCACUCCUACGCCGGCACCGUCAUCCACAGCUGGGGCAGCGACGAGAACCAAUCCGAAUUCCCCAGCAUGAACUUCCAAAACCACACCUACGAUUCCGUCCGGGGCAUCUUAACCGACACGCCCGGUGUCGGGACAGGAUACGGCGAGUACUCCCCCGAAUCCGAAAGCAGCAUCAACAUCGAAGGCGCCCGCCGCAUAGCCGCCGGCAUGAGCGCCGUGGCCGGACGCACCUACACCUCCCUCGCGAGUGCGGCUUUCUACCCGACGUCUGGCUCCAGCGACGACUAUGCCUACUCGCGCCACUUCGUCGACCCGUCGUUGAACCUGAUCCACGCGUACGCGAUCGAGUUCGGGUUUGCGAAUAUGGCGGAGGGCUGCCCCUUUUACCCGACGGCUGCCCUGCAUAACGACAACAUGAAAGAGGUGGGCGCCGGCUUGAUGGAUCUGGUGCUGAGUGCGACCGAACUGGGACUCGGCGAUGCGACGACUUGUUAG